AAAAAACCCAUCAAAGUCAAAGACUGAAAUGCCACCGUGCCUGUGUCGGUGAAGCUUCUUCUUCCUCUUCCUUAAUUGCUUGUUCAGCGAAGCCAACAACAACAACAGACCUCAGAUUCCCACCAUUUGCGGUGCCUAUUUAUCCGACGAAGAUAUAGCGCCAUUCGGUCAUUAUUAAAUCUUUGAAUCAAUCCCACUUUCUCCUGAAACCCCUCGUGUCCGUCCAUUCACACCUCUCUAAUAUUAGCACCUCCUCUCUGCCUCCCUAUUUGACGCUGCUUUGCUUCGCUGUAAGGUUCUUUCUCCGCAUCGGAUCUGGGGUUUCUUCGCUUCCGUUUGAAGGAGUGAAGGGGGAAAGAAAGGAGGAAGCUUGUUGUUUAGUGAACCAUUAUUGGUUGGGGGAGGCGGUGCGAGCCGUGUAGAACAAGAUAGAUUGGAAUGAGCCUGUCUUCGAUUUGAUUGCAAGUUAAAUAGGAAAGUGUUGUUUACUUGAUGAAGCUAGAUGUAUUUGUGGUCAAGUUUCGCCUGUGAAUCUAAUAUAUAGUGCAAAGAGGUUGUUUUUUGUGAUGGGUUGAAUUGGAAGAUUCAAAUUUGGGUGGAACUAUUGUGGCUUUGUUCAUUUGGAGCCUGGAGAGGGGAUCGGAGAUUGACUUGGGUUUGGUUGGUUGUUAUGGAUCAUAAGGGUCUGAGAGAUAAAGAUUUUGAAAUCGAUCUUGAGAGCGGGGUGGUAGUUAGUGAAGAGGAUUCAAGUGAUAGCUCUGUUUCGAGUGUUAAAAAACAGGCAAAGACGCUGCUAGCAAAGGUUUAUGGCGGAUUUUCGGAUGGAUCAGUUAAUGCUGAAGAGAGGGUUGGUUUGUGUGGCAAUGGUUUCAACUCCAAUGGGGUCUGCCCCGAGAAUUUGAAGUUGGCAACAAACAAGACACUGGAGGGAAAUGGUGGUAUGGAUCGUGAAGAGAAGACUCGGCCGAAAGAUAAGCGGAAAAAAAUGAGCAAUAAAAAGGCCCCUAAACCUCCCAGACCUCCAAGAGGCCCGUCAUUGGAUGCCGCUGACCAGAAGCUAAUCAAGGAACUCUCUGAGAUCGCAAUGUGGAAACGUGCAAGGGUUGAGAGGAUGAAAGCCUUGAAGAAGAUGAAAGCUGCUAAGGCAUCAUCAUCCAAUACCAAUAUAUAUGCAAUGGUGUUCACGGUUCUCUUUUGUGUAGUGCUACUCUUCCAAGGAAUUUCAUCUAGCAGAAGCUCAACUGGAGGCUUUGAGGGAUCUCCUUUGUCUGCAGGAAGAACGGAGGGCAGUUUGAUCUCAAUUCAGUUCUACCCAAAUCCGUCAUCAACUGCCCCGAAUGGACCUGGUUCCGAGUCUCCCAAUAUGGUAGAGCAGGUUGCUGGUUCAGAUCAGCAGGAGAAGCUGCAAAGAUGGGCACGAUGAUAUAUUAAUCUUGUUGCCUAGUCUGCCUUGAAGAACAAUUUUCCAUGAUGCGUUGGAUCCUCAUGCAAGCCAUUGCUGCUUGCACUUUUUGUAAGCAUCUACUGCAGCUUGAACAGGCCGGGUAGUUUAUCCCCUCUAUGUACAUUAAUGAAAGCGGGGGAGAAGGCGAGAGAGAGCGAGGGAGAGAGAUAGAGAGCACCAUACAGUUUUUAGUGUGUUUUGUAGUUGUUGUCAAAUGCACACUUUGCAAAUAAGUUUACCGGUUUAAUUUCCAAAUUUUGGAAUUUGAGUUUGUUCCCUUUCCAGAGCCAAGAGAAAGAAAACCCCUUUAUAAAAUCUGUAGGAAAUCUAGUCACCCAACUCUGCCCGCUUUUCUUUUCAUUUUGGAAGUGAUUUAUGGAAACCAUUGCCAGUUUGUAAUAUACAAUGUAUAUGCAGCAUGUGUUCUAUAUGCCACUUUCCUUCAACGAAAUAAAAUGUUGGGGUUCCUUAAC